AUGAUUGACGAUCAGGAAUUAGGUUUUCUUGCCAAUUUUCUCGGCAUUUUUAUCUUUGCCUUGGUGAUUGCUUACCAUUACGUUACGGCUGAUCCGAAAUAUGAAGGCAACUGAGAUCUCGUUGAUUUAGAUGCUUAGAUUCAUCGGCAAAAUGCACUAUUGUUAGAUGUAGACCGUUUUUUAUAUGUUAGGUUUUCCAUUUUCUUCUAUGAGAAUUCUCUCCCGGCAACAACCAAUGUAAGCAACUUUUUCAUUAUGUAAUCGUAAUUUAUUCUCAUGAAUUUUCAUGGUUCUUUGACUGAUCUUUUAUUAGUUAUAUUUGAUCGAA